AGCACCAGGUGGCGCUGUCUAUACCGUGUAUAGCGGAAGCAGGAGGAAGCUUCUGGAAGAGCCUGGAUGUGCUCAGCCCUCUAUAUAACAUAACGAGGAGACGCGCUGUCAUAUAGCGGGACAGUACAUCACAGAGAAGGGACGGGCUCGGCACAGACAGACAAGUUAUAAUGGCUGGUGAAGAAGGCAGACGGCAUCCGCACAGUCUCCAGGGCCUGCUACAUAUGGCCAUAGAAGCUGGAACAGAAUCGGGCAGCACACAGCAGAUGUCGGAAGAGAGGAGACAAUGGCUGCAAGAAGCUAUGAACAGUGUUUUUGCCGGCCAGGCGGAUGAAGUUGAACAAAUGAAGGAAUGCCUGAAGGAACUGAGCAGUGAAACAAGUGGUGAAGAUGGGGAUGAGCGGAAGGAGAGGGCACUGGAGUUACUCGCAGACCUGUGUGAUAAUCUUGAUAACGCCUCUGAUUUCUGUAAGCUGGGUGGGAUGGACUUGAUGCUGAAUCGUUACCUGAGCUGCCCGGAGGCUGAACUGCGCUGGCGAGCCGCUGACCUGGUUGGCAUUUGCAGUCAGAAUGUGCCUUUCGUUCAGGAGAUGGCGCUGAGCCUCGGUGCUAUGGAUAAACUCUUGAAAUUGCUGGACCUUGACGGCAGUGAAACGGUCAGAAUAAAGGCUCUCUUUGCAGUAUCUUGUUUGGUGCGGGAGCAGGAGGCUGGACUUGCAGAGUUUGUGAAGUUGGACGGGUUUUCUGUGUUGAUGCGUGCCAUGCAAACAGAUAUAUUAAAGCUGAAGAUAAAAUCAGCAUUCUUGCUGCAGAAUCUUCUGACAAGCCAUCCGGAGCAUAAAAGUUCCUUGUGUUCCAUGGGAAUGAUCCAGCAGCUGGUCUCUCUGCUACGAACUGAGCAUAGUCCUUUCCACGAACAUGUCCUCUCUUCUCUUUGCAGUAUGACAACAGACUUCCCACAAGGAAUAACAGAAUGUCGGGCACCUGAAUUGGCUUUUGAAGAUUUGCUCAAAGAACGAUGUCAAAUGGUGCAAAAACAGGAGGAAUAUCAGGAGGAGCUGGAUUAUUGUGAGCGCCUCUUGAAGAUCUGUUUCAGUGACAAUCCUGAAGACAAUGGGAUGGACCGAUAAUCUAUUUUGAAAGCUAUCUCCACAAGUGGCGCCUCGUGAUGGGGCAGAUGAAGAUUAUGAAUGAAACGGCCCUAACUUAUGAACUGUUACCCUGAUCCUUUCAGAUGGGUGGAAUCUUUGUUUCAAAAGAGGAGUCUGAGAGGGGCUUUGUUUUUGUUUUUUAAAUAAAGAAGACCAAAGUAACAUUGUGGCUGAUUUAAUCUU